UAUUAAGCGAGCCGCGCUCCCGAUCGGCCGCGAGGACUCUCGGGAUAGCGACGUGAAUGAGAGGCUAAAUAAACAGCCGCCGCCCACCGUACGUCCCCGGGAACAAAGCACAACAGACAAAUAUAUGUACACGAACUCGCAUAAAAUUCUAUUCUCUCCGGCCUGACUGAAAUCACGGAUUAUACCACCUGUGGAACUACUACGUCGACACACUACUUACUACACCACCACCACCACCACCACCACCACCACCACCACUAUCACCACCUCCGUCGCAACAGCUGGCAGGAUUCGACAGAAGGAGGCUAGCUAGUUGUCGUCGGUCUGUUCGUUCGUGUUUUAUCGGCAGGAGCUGUUCGACAAACUCCGGAAUUUUUCCGAAUUUUCCCCCCGUCGUUGGGUUUUUUCGUGGAAUUGAUUGUUUUCUUGAUGCUGGUCCGAGUGGGAAAUGCCUGGAAGACUCCUCCAUCAACAGUCAUCGUCAUCCAGCUCACCAAGGGCAUCCGAUCAGACCAGCGCCAUGGACGAGGUUCUAGACUCCAAGCAGCAGCUCAGCAACACCAUCACCCCCUCCUCCUCCUCUUCCUCUUCCUCCUCUUCGUCCUUGUCUAAGAGUAACUGCAACGGGAGUAGCAGCAGCAGUAACAGCGGCGCAACAACCAACGGCGGCACGGAGUGUGCGCAGACCACCAGCGGCAGCGGUCUCAACACCAGUGCUGCCGCCUUCACCUCCAACCUUCUCCUCAAGGAGACGGAGGACCAGGAGGGUAAUGACCUGAGCUACAGCAACGACGUCGACGUGUCUUGCACUAGUAGCAGCAACAACAAUACCAACGUCUCUUAUUCCAAUAACAACAACAGCAACAACAACAACAACAAUGGGGUGGCGUUGUCCCCCAGCGCGGUGUCGUCGUCGCUGGCAGAAGUAGAAGAGAACGGCCACGACAGUCCCGCUGGCUUCUCCGACCUGAGGAAUGGUGGCAUCAUGGAGGAGGUCGAGCCCACCGACCACGCCCACUCCCACGCCCACCUCCACAACACAGCUGCCACCACCACCCCCACCACCGCCGCCGCUGCGCUUCCUGCAGCUGAGGACGGGGGAGCCGACGAGGCCGAGGAUGUUGCUGACGGAGGCUACCUCAACCACCAGCAACAACAACAACAACAACACCAACACCAACAACAUCCUCCUCCUCUUCAACCGCUGCACCACCACCACCAACACCACCAGCAUCAUCAUUCCCACAAUCAGCAACUACAAGAACAAGAACACGCCAAAACCAACGGCCUCGCCCCCUCCUCAUCCUCAACCUCCGAGCUGCCGCCAACCUCCUCCUCCUCCCCACCUCCUCCGCUCUCUGGACCCCCGAGUCCUCCUCCCCCUCCCCUCUGCGCCGCUGUACCCCCGAACCGCGUAUCCUCACCCCCCGGUAUAGGAGGCGGGCACGCUGCCCCCGCACCAGCACCACCGGCCAACAGCGGCCACUAUCCGUCUCCGACCUCCUCCUCCUCCACUUCCUCCUCCGCGCAACAACAACAGCAACAGCAGCAGCAGCAACAAGCCGCUGUCCUGGGCCCGCACCAGCACCACCAUCACCACAGUGGCACCCCUGGCUACUACCUAGGCACCAGCGCUAGCGGUCUGCCCGCGGGCUGCGUCCCGGCCUCGCCUGGGCACUGCGCCUCGCCACCCGGGAGCUACCCGAGCUCCAACGCCAGCCACUCUGGCGGCUCGGGCACGCACUCUCGCGGGGACAGUCCCGGGGAGGGCGGGGGUUCGAGCCCCACGGGCGGCCAGCACGUGGUGCACGUGCACGUCAACCCGGGCGAGACUUUCUCUGUGAGGCUAGGGGAUCAGAUACAGCAUAUACAGGGU